AUGGGCGACAAAGGUUCAGAAGACAUUGCCAUCCCAACAGAAAGCUUGCCUGCCUCUCCCAAACCACCAAAACUCAACAAGCAACGGAAGUGGAAGAAGCUUUCAAGUCCGCCAUCAGAAAGUGUAAAUUCACCACAGGGAGACCAACAAAGACUUGGAAAGAGCCCACAGGCGCAAGGGCUCCCUAAGGAAUCGAACCCACCCACGAAGCCAAAAGUAGCCCCAGCCGAUCAAGGGGGUGAUAAUAUUAAUUCUCAAGAGCAACCGCAAGAUCCAGGAUCAAAGAUGCCCGACCCAGUAGGAGACGUCGGUAACGCGACAAAGGCCGUUGGCGACCAGGGCCUCGGCGACAAAGCCGGCGACGUCAAGAACACCGUCAAGGAGAUUACCACUGGUGGUAUGAACAUGAAAAUUGACGAUCCGGACUUGCAGUGGGAGACUCCGGAGAAGAGCGGCAGCUUGCAGAUUAGAAUUCGACUUAAUUUGCGUGCGAAAGUGCAGCUUAACCUCGAUGCCAGAGUUAAGGGUGAGGUUGUUAUUGGGCUCUUGUAA